UAAAUUGUGGCAUACAAGCACUUGGUGUACAUGAACAAUCAUCCAGACCAUCCAAGUUAAGGGUCCCGUUGCGUAUAAUGCACGGCCUCAAAAUAACACCUAUUAAACGAUCUUAACCGUCUAUUUUACUCAUUCAAUUUGGAUCAGAAGCACUUCACACCUUCGGAUUCCAAGGGCACUAAUUGGAGGGUUAGGAUUUCCACUUAUUUCACAUUUACCAUUGGGCCCACAAUGUAAAAAAAAAAAACGCCUAGAAGUUGGACGUUUCUGAUCAUCCAAAUAUCUCUAUACUUGUGGGGCCCACGAGGAAAGACAUGCUGGAUGAGUGUAAGUCGCAACAAAACCAACUCUACUUUAGACUCUAGCCCUUAACAAACCUCCUCCCUCUCUGUUGAUAUGCAACCCAACCAAUCUCUACCGUCCAUCCACCUUCAAUGAGACCCCAAAGUCCAAUCUUCAACCAUCCAUCUCUCCUCCUCUUUGAAAAAUGCAAGUCCCUAAAAACACUCAAGCAAAUCCAUGGCCACAUGAUCACCACAGGCCUUAUCCUCCACACAUUUCCUCUAAGCCGACUUCUCCUCCAUUCCUCACUCCCACCCAUAUCCUCCACCCUUGGCUUAUCCUACGCCACCUCCAUCUUCCACCAGAUAACGUAUCCACCGUCCAUUUUCUUAUACAACACCCUCAUCUCAGCCCUUGCUUCCCAGAACCACACCCAUGAGGCCCUCUCUCUCUACACCCGUGUCCUUUGUGACCAAACACUCUGGCCCAACAAUUUCACUUACCCCUCCCUCUUCAAGGCAUGUGGGGCCCACCCAUCAUGGCUAGUGCAUGGACGAGCCCUCCAUGCACACGUACUAAAGUUCCUGGGCCCCACAUCUGACCACUUUGUGCUGUCCUCAUUGCUCCAUUUCUAUUCCAGAUGUGGCAAAUUGGCCCUCUCUCGCCAUCUCUUCCACCAAAUCCAAAACCCUGAUUUGGGUGCAUGGAACUCUAUCAUGUGCGCCUAUGCGCAUGUUAGCACUGGUGCUGAUACAUCAUCCAUUGAGGCAUUGCUUCUAUUUAAUCAGAUGUUGCAUUCUCUAGCCAGACCUAAUGAAAUUACACUUGUGUCAUUGAUCAGUGCUUGUGCUGAUUUGGGGGCCCUUAGCCAAGGUGCAUGGGCCCAUGCUUACGUGGACAGACAUGAUCUACGGUUGAAUCGCUUUGUCGGGACCGCUCUGAUCGACAUGUAUGCAAGGUGUGGCCGCGCCGAUAUGGCUAACCAGGUGUUCGACGCAUUGCCUAGAAAGGACACCCUAUGCUACAAUGCAAUGAUACGUGCGCUCGCGGUCCACGGUCACGGCCAACGAGCGGUCGGGCUCUUUGAUCAGAUGACACACGAGAAUGUAACAGUCGACAACAUAACAAUUUUAGCCGUGAUGUGUGCUUGCGCACACGUGGGGUGGGUCGACGAAGGCCGUCGAUACUUCGACUCGAUGAAAGAGGCGUACGGGAUCGAACCAAAAAUCGAACAUUAUGGGUGCCUGGUGGACCUUCUCGGCCGAGCCGGGCGGCUCAGCGAGGCCAUGGACAUAGUCCGAAAAAUGCCCAUGAAGCCUAAUGCAGUGCUGUGGAGGUCCUUGCUAGGAGCAUGUAGGACACAUGAUCAUUUGGAGCUAGGAGAGCAUGCACUUACACAUUUGAUACAGUUAGAGCCUGAGAAUAGUGGGAGUUAUGUGCUUUUAUCAAACAUGUAUGCCAACAUCAAUAGAUGGGAUGAUGUGAGGAGGGUAAGGAAAGUGAUGAAAGAUAAGGGUGUCCAGAAAAUGCCAGGAUGCAGCUUUAUUGAGAUGGAUGGGGCCAUACAUGAGUUCAUGAUGGGAGACAGGGCCCAUCCAUGUACGGUGGAGAUCUAUGCCAUGCUUGAUGAGAUGGGUAAGAAGUUGCAUGCAUGUGGGUAUAGACCAUGCACUAUGGAUGUGUUGUUUGACAUUGAUGAGGAGGAGAAAGAGGGUGCAGUUUCCUACCAUAGUGAAAAGAUUGCAAUUGCUUUUGGCCUACUUGCAUCUGAGUCCGGUGCAACCAUCCGUAUUAUAAAGAAUCUACGUGUGUGUAGGGAUUGCCAUGCAACCACAAAGCUUGUUUCUCAAAUCUACGGUAGGGAAAUAAUUGUAAGGGAUCGAAUUCGGUUCCAUCAUUUUAGAGGUGGGACAUGUUCUUGUUUGGAUUAUUGGUAAGAAUCUACAUUUACAAGUGUGAAAUUUAUACUAAUAACAGAAUUCUUUUGGGUUUUCUUCUUUUUA